UUCCAGUAAUCAGGUUCUUGAGACACACCAAUGAUAUGGCACCUGGCCGAACUUCCAACGAUCGCAUUUUCAGGUUUUGGUGGUGACCCCUGAUUCGUUUUGAUUAUCUUCGGUCAGGUCAUGGUGUUACUGCUAUAAAUUGGAGACAGUUCUGCCAUACUUGUCUCUACAUUCACUCCACUUUCACAAUCAUGACACGUAUCCUGGUAGCGACAUCCAUCAUCUUUACUGCUCUUUCCACUUUGGUUCGUGCAGACAUUCCCACAGGCUCUAAUGGGUUCACCUUUGUCUGGGGUGAUGACUUUAACGGCGGACCAAAUACUGCAGUUGAUAGUAACAAUUGGCAAUUCGAUCUUGGAACCGGGUAUCCAGGUGGAGCUGCAAACUGGGGAACAGGAGAGUUUGAAACUACCACAAACGAUAUAGAAAAUUGCUAUCAAGACGGGAAUGGAAACCUUCGUAUUGUACCUCUUAGAGACAGCUCCGGAGGUUGGACAUCCGCAAGAAUCGAAUCAGUGCGAGAUGACUUUAAAGCACCUUUAGGUGGUGUAAUGGCAAUUGAGGCCAAGAUUCAGUUACCCAAUGUAGCUGGAGAUGCUGCCGCUGGAUAUUUUCCGGCAUUUUGGAUGCUUGGUACGCCGUUCAGGAACAACUACAAAAACUGGCCAGAAGUCGGUGAAUUUGACAUUAUGGAAAAUGUCAAUGGAAUCAAUAAGGUGUUUGGAACUCUUCACUGCGGAAAUAGCCCAGGUAAGCUACUUUUCAAUCGAACUUUUGGAAAUGAACAGCUCCACAAAGCUAAUUCAUAACUGAAUGUAGGAGGCAGUUGUAACGAGUCUAAUGGUCUGGGAGGAAGUUUGGGAGGAGCUUAUCCACCGCU